CAUUUCGCCGCUCUCAGAAGCGUCAAUAACUCGUGUAUGUAUCUCGUCUUUUCGUCGCCACUUAUGGUCGGCUGGUAAGUUAAAUGGGUAGUUGCUGCCUAUGAUUUCUGAUUAGUUACAUACAUUGAAAGGAAGGAAGCAAAAUGUCUUCAAGGAAAAAAAGUAAGAAAAUAAUUCCACCUAUCCCGUGUAAUUGGAAAGAAUGUAAAUUAUUUUUCGACGAUAUCUGGGAAUUAAAUGAACAUAUUACAUCGCAUUUCGACGAAUUACACCAAGAAAACAAGGCAAUCAGGUCGUGUCCGUGGAUUGAAUGCACCUUUGAAACAAAUAAUUUUAUGGAACUUAAACGGCACAUUUACUAUCACGGAUAUUACACAGGCCUUUUAAUAAGAGGAAAAUAUGAAUGCGAAGAAAACAAAAAUAUUCCAAAAUGUAAAGCGCCGACUAAAGAAUUUGAUAAGAUACCAGACUUAAAAUAUAACUUCGUUUGCGAAUGGUUAGAUUGUCAACGAACAUUUGUGUCUAUCGUUGAAUUUCAUGAUCACAUUAUUCAGCAUGCAUCAUUUGAGUAUGAAAUUGAAAAAUCCCCAAAUGAUAUAAGGCCAAAAGUGAAAUGCAAGUGGAGUAUAUGUAAUAAACUUUUGGAAAAUAGAUAUAGGCUAAUUGAGCAUAUUCUUACACAUUCCAACAAAAAAUUUGCUGCAUGCCAGAAUUGUGGUGAAGUUUUUCGGACAAGAACAACCCUGUUCGAUCAUCUACGGAGACAACCAGAAAACAACACACACAAAUUCCAAUGCGAACAGUGCUUUAAGUAUUUUGCAACCGAGAAGUUGCUACGUUCACAUUUCUUAAAUCAUAUAAACUGCUACAAAUGUAGUCUCUGCGACAUGUCCUGCCCAACUUCAAGUUCCUUAGCAACACAUAUCCGAUAUCGACAUCUUAAAGAUAAACCUUUUAAAUGCACUGAAUGUGAGCAUCGCUGUGUACGUAAAAUCGACCUAGAGAAGCAUAUGAUGCAUAUUCAUAGCAAUCACGUUCAUCGUUGUCAAGAAGCAGGCUGCAACUACACCGUAAGAACAUAUAAUUUAUUGAGAAGGCACUGCUUGGAAGUUCACGGAAAUAGUCCUUUCAUUUAUAUGUGUCAUUGCUGCGAUAAAUUAUUUAAACAUAGUAAGUAUCUGUCGAAGCAUUUAAUCAAGAAGCACGACUUCAAACUACCUUCUGGGCACAAGAGGUUCACAUACCGCAUCGAUGAAAAUGGGUUUUAUUUACUAGAAACAUUGCGUAUUGAAAGUCUAGAAGUAACAAAACAGAUUUUAUCACCUCAUCCUAUCGAAACAUCUGAUUUAACGCAAGAUAGCACUUGCUAUGAAAUAGUAUCCAUGACUAAUGAGCAAGAUCAGCGAAUAAUUGUUGCGAAUGAUGCAAAUGAGGCAAGAUUAGUAGGAGAAGUUGUAAUAUCUUUACCUAUCGAUAAUAUAAGCUUAUAAAAUAAAGUAUAAAUUUAUAUAGAAUUACUGAAAAUAACUAAUUUUCUUGGUGAUUAGAAAAGUUCCAAGCACCAAAUUAGAAUUAGUGGUAAGUUAAGCUCCAGUUCACUAAUUAAGAUCAAAACUUAGAUACCUUAACACUUAGAAUAUACAUAAGAAAAUAUAUGUAAUUUUUCUACAA